UUUUAUUUUGCUAUGGCAAUCUACUAGGAAUGUGACAGUGACAAACAUUUGACAACCAGCAUUUGACAUUUUAUUUUGUGUUUGUGGUCAUUCUCUACUCUAUCUGUGUUCUUUCUUUUCUUUUUAGGCGAGCCGUGUUAGCGGAACCAGCUCGCCAAGAUGGUGAACAACAGAGUACCGUCGGUAUUCUCGAAGACAUACGUGACUCCCCGGCGUCCUUUCGAGAAGGCUCGUUUGGACCAGGAGUUGAAAAUCAUUGGAGAGUAUGGUCUCCGAAACAAGCGAGAGGUGUGGAGGGUGAAAUACACGCUGGCUCGUAUCCGUAAGGCUGCCCGUGAGCUCCUCACGCUUGAAGAGAAGGACCCAAAGAGGUUGUUUGAAGGCAAUGCCCUCCUCCGUCGUCUGGUCAGGAUCGGAGUGCUGGAUGAGAAGCAGAUGAAGCUUGAUUACGUGCUCGGCCUGAAGAUUGAGGACUUCUUGGAGCGCCGCCUGCAGACCCAGGUGUUCAAAGCUGGUUUGGCCAAGUCCAUCCAUCACGCUCGUAUCCUCAUUAGGCAGAGGCAUAUUCGCGUCCGCAAGCAAGUGGUGAACAUCCCAUCGUUCAUCGUCCGCUUGGACUCUGGCAAACACAUUGACUUCUCCCUGAAGUCUCCGUUCGGCGGCGGCCGCCCCGGACGCGUCAAGAGGAAGAACUUGCGCAAGGGACAAGCUGGUGGAGCCACCAAUGAUGAAGAGGAAGAUUAGACAAUAAACUAAUGUUUAUUAACUA